CUUUUUUUCUUUCCCAGGAAGCAGCAGCUAGCAGCUACUAGCUAGCACCGAGGCUUGUCUUCAAACAUGCUCUGAUUUCCCGUCUGGACAGUGUGGAGGACAGACAAAUGGCAGUGUGUGCACUGACCAUGUUGGACGGGAUGGUGGACGAGGUGACGGCGGCAGGGGGCGCCCUCCUCCUGGUCCUGGCCCUCGUCCUGGCCUGGCUCUCCACCCACGUGGCCGAGCGCGGGGACCACAUCCUGGGCACCAUCCUCACCGUGGGGGCCCACGCCUCCCUCAUCGGCCUGGGCGGCGACGGCAGCGGCCCCGCCGGCGCAGACGCCUCCGAGCAGAGCGGCCCGGCGCCCUCGCAGGACAACAAGCCCGACGAGGGCGACGAGAGGGGCGACGGCGAGGGGGCGGCGGAGGAAGGUGGGGACGAAGGGGUGAGGACAGAGGCGCUGUUGGACAUUCGGUGCAAAGCCCCCCCAAGAGUGAAGGCCACCGCCGAGGAGGAAGACGGGGAUUGUGGUGAAGAGGAGGACCUGGAGGAGGAGUAUAAAAAAAGUGCGAAAGAAAUGCAGACCUCGUCUAUUUCGCUACGACUCAAGUUUUUAAACGACACAGAAGAGGUGGCUGUUGUUCAGCCGCACGACACCGUGGCACACCUUAAAAGUAAGUACUUCUGUGGGCGGGAGCAUCAGAUCAAGCUGAUCUAUCAAGGGCAGCUGCUGCAGGACCCCAAGAGAACGCUGCUCUCACUGAACAUUACUCACAACAGCGUCAUCCACUGCCACGUCUCCCAGGCUCUGCACGACGCCGGCCCAGAGGCGGGGUCCCAAUCCGGGGCGGGGCCCGGAGUCGGGGCGGUGUCGGCCGGGUGGAGGGCGGCGGGCGUGGCCGUCAGCACGGGCAGCCUGGUGGUGCCCGUCUUCGUGGUGAUCCUGGCCGUGGUGUGGUACUUCCGCAUCAACUACCGCCAGUUCUUCACCGCCCCCGCCACCAUCUCCCUGGUGGGCGUCACCGUCUUCUUCAGCUUCCUCAUUUUCGGGAUGCAUAGCCGCUGAAGGGGAGGGCGGGAAAGUGACCACCGCAGCUGAAUGUGUGCGCUAAUUGCUGCAUGUAGAACCUAGACCUAAACAUUCCCUCAUUUGGAUUUCCAUCUUCAUAGACCCACCCUGCAUAUUCAUAUUCAUGCAAAUAUGAACAAACCGACCACACUGAACAAGAUGCAGGUGUCAUGCUGCGCUUGAGGGAUUCUUCUUUGGCCACGCCCUCUUCACCAACUUCCACUGCAGCCAGUUUUUGUGUCAUCCUGCUAACAAACAUGAGCCUUGUCGUUUUGUCUUCAAGCAGCGGCUUGGAAUAUUCAGUGUGCACUUUUUUGUGUGUCUCACACCUGGCGGUCGUUUGUCCUUUGUGCCACCUGGUUUACAAUCAAGUCUGUGGCUAAAAAAAAAAAAAGACUGUAGAAAAUUAAUUUAAGAUUUAAAUGGGAACAUUAUCACAAUUUCAGAAGGGUUAAAACCAUUAAAAGUCAGUUCCCAGUGGCUUAUUUUAUUUUUCGAAGUUUUUUUCAAAAUUUUACCCAUCACGCAAUAUCCCUAAAAAAAGCUUCAAAGUGCCUGAUUUUAACCAUCGUUAUAAACACCCGUCCAUUUUCCUGUGACGUCACAUAGUGAUGCCAACACAAACAAACAUGGCGGAAAGAACAGCAAGCUAUAGCGACAUUAGCUCGGAUUCAGACUCGGAUUUCAGCGGCUUAAGCGAUUCAACAGAUUACGCAUGUAUUGAAACGGAUGGUUGUAGUGUGGAGGCAGGUAGCGAAACGAAAUUGAAGAAGAAACUGAAGCUAUUGAGCCAUAUCGGUUUGAACCGUAUGCAAGCGAAAACGACACGACAGCCAGCGACACGGGAGAAAGCGAGGACGAAUUCGGCGAUCGCCUUCUAACCAACGAUUGGUAUGUGUUUGUUUGGCAUUAAAGGAAACUAACAACUAUUAACUAGGUUUACAGCAUAUGAAAUACAUUUGGCAACAACAUGCACUUAGAGAGUGCAGACAGCCCAGUUUUCAUCAAUUAAUAUAUUCUGUAGACAUACCCUCAUCCGCUCUCUUUUCCUGAAAGCUGAUCUGUCCAGUUUUGGAGUUGAUGUCAGCAGGCCAGGGAAGCUAGGGUCGAUAUUCUUCUCUUGAUCUUCGGUGGCAUAAGGGACGGUGUGAGCCAAGACAUCCAGGGGGUUUAGCUCGCUCGUCUGCGGGAACAAACUGCCGCCAUUGCUUGCCGUGCUACCGAGGUCCUUUGUCCCUGAAUUGCUCACACACUCCGGCAGAUUCAAUGGGGGUCUGGCGGCAGAUUUCUUUGACUUUAUCGUUGGAAAUGCAUCUGCUUUGAGUGUCGCAGGAUAUCCACACAUUCUUGCCAUCUCUGUCGUAGCAUAGCUUUCGUCGGUAAAGUGUGCGGAACAAACGUCCAAUUUCUUGCCACUUUGGCAUCUUUGGGCCACUGGUGCAACUUGAAUCCGUCCCUGUUGGUGUUGUUACACCCUCCGACAACACACCGACGAGGCAUGAUGUCUCCAAGGUACGGAAAACAGUCGAAAAAACGGAAAAUGAGCUGAUUUGACUCGGUGUUUGUAAUGUGUUUGAGAAAAUGGCGGAUUGCUUCCCGUUGUGACGUCAUCGCUCCGAGAGCGAAUAAGAGAAAGGCGUUUAAUUCGCCAAAAUUCACCCAUUUAGAGUUCGGAAAUCGGUUAAAAAAAGAUAUGGUCUUUUUUCUGCAACAUCAAGGUAUAUAUUGACGCUUACAUAGGUCUGGUGAUAAUCUUCCCCUUUAAAACAUUUAAAUAUGAGGAGAUACUGUAAUGUGAACUAGGGCUGGGCGAUACAAGUGUUUUAUAGCGGUCGAUAUUGAUCAUUACUGAUAUUUUUUAUGACCUACGGAAAUAAGGACCAGGAGAAAAAUAUAUAAAAUGUAAACAUUUUUAUUUAAAGCGUAACCUUCCUCUGAUUAUAAUCCCC